GGCUGGUCUGCGCUCCAUUUCGCUGCCGACAAAGGCCACCUCGCAGUCAUCACGGCGCUCGUCGCGAAAGACGGAGAUGUCAAUAAGCGCAGCAACGACGAGAUGACCCCUCUGCACUGCGCGGCCAAGAAAGUCCACCCCGAUGCCAUCCGCCUUCUUUGCAAACAUGGGGCAGACCUGGAUGCGAUGGACCGAUGGGGGAAAUCACCCCUUCGGCUUGCUAUCUUUUGGCGCGAGAGGGACUCUGUGGAAGCCCUGAUGAGGGCACGGCGCUGCCCGUUCACCCCAAAAUAUGCGGAUGCGGAGGUCGUUGCGAGCGGCAAAUGGGAGGGUGUGCCCGAGGAUUCCGAACGAGAUGCAGCCAUUCGUGACAUGCUUCAGCGCAAGUGGCCGGUAGAGACUCAGAGAGGGGGGCCA